UGUCUUUCCAUCAAUAAACAUCCAUUCCAACCAUCAUCAUCUACAAUUCGGCCUAAAAAAUUUCGUGUAAGAAAUGCAAUCCUUAUCAACUAUUGGAUUUCUGGAUGUCGCGCCUCUCCUACCAGCCAGCGUGGCGCUGACGUACAUUGCUUUCGUACGUUUCGAUUGGGGAGAUUCAGUCAACCGUCGCUUUAUGCGAAUGCGAAACUCGGAUCAGAAGGAACUCAAAUCACAAAGUCUUCUGCCUGUCGACAAGUCACACCCCCAGCCUUCUAAAGCUAGACAGCAAACCUUCAAAUCACACAUCCUCAAUGCAGCACUACCAAUACUUCACACAAACCUCACAGUAGGUAGACUAUGGGGACUUGAUCGCUCCAAGAGGGUCUCGAUUAAUUUGUGUGCGAUACAACUCGCUCUAAUCGUCGCUGAGUAUGCACUCGAUGGGCUUCGACAUCGCAAUUGGAAAAGAAUGGAUCUACUGCUUUUGGGAAUAGCUUGGUGCGACAUGACGAUCUAUACGACUUCUGCAAAGUAUUCAGCAUGGAACAUGGUCUUCUCGCUCAUCAUAGCGGUGGUUGGCAUCGACUCAGUCUUGUUGCCAGACUCUAAAAUCACCUCGACUGCGACAUCCAACCAACUAGCAAAAGAGGGCUUGCUGGACCAUAGUUUUCCUGAGCCAGGGCCAUCAAUGCGCCACUUUCACAUCUUCAGUGUCUCGCUGCUGCUAGUCCACUUGCUCCACGACUACCCGGUACUGUCAUCAUGGCUUCUCGAUUACGCGCCUUGGAUGGGCCCGUUUUCGCCUUUCUGGAUACCAUUCGGUUUGAUAUAUCUUCACACUGGCGUACAAGAGUGGUACAAGACGCAUCAAAACGAUCAAACCUUUUUACAGCAUGUGCAAGCGUUUAUCUCUCAAGUCUACACCCUAGCGCCACAAGAGCUGUUAUGCGGUAUUAUACUACCCCUACUCACGCUAGGAACCUGGCUUUUGCUCUUUUUCGCAGCCAGUUAUCUGACAUCAUGCCUUGGAUUUCGAUACCUUUUCCUUGGUUGUCCUCGAACCGCACCACAAUUUUUGGACGCGGGAACGUCUGGAGGGUGUCUAUAUGCGAUCUUCACUGCUGUUCAUUUGCUACGACGAGCAGAACAGAUCAAGGCAGACAGGCCUGAUGGGACGUAUCAUUUUGGUCUUGCCUUAAUUGUGGCAUUUGGUCAGAGUGUCACUGCAGUCACUGUAGUGGCUCUUAUUGCGUAUAUGGUGCGGGAAUUCUGCUGAUACUAGCGGCAUGGAAACAGACGGCAAGACCGGGUUUAGAUCUCAAUGGAUGGUUGGGCCGAGAGGCACCUUUGUUGAACGCGUUCUCGUAGAGUUGUUCCGUGGGUUUCUUCCCCAGGUUCAAUCACAGAAUUGCCGGUAUCCGGGGAGGUGGUACACUGAUCAGCCGCUAUCAGCGCCUAUCGUGAAGG